AUGUCUUCCCACAAGCGCAGCUUCCAGUGCUUCGAUGCCAUCUUGGACGACGGUGGCCACCAACACCCCAAACCCUCACUCCCCUUCGGGCUGCAUUCUGCCCCCGCGCCGCCCCCCAGCAGAUCCCCACAUAGUGGGGGUAGCAUUCACCAGGAGCCCCUGGAGGACCGGGGGUGCUACCUGUGUGCCCAGGCCACAGAGGCCAGACAGGAGGCCCAGAGAGAGGCCCAGAGAGAGGCCCAGAGAGAAGCUUCAUCCUGGUACCUCCCUCCGGUCCACCCACACCACCACCCCCAGCAGUAUGUCCGCAGGCGGCCGGUCCGGCCUGACGAGCCCCCUGCUGAGGCCUCUGACCACCACCACCUCCACCACCUCCACAGGCACAACAAGAAGGUGGUGCUGGUGAAGAAUAGCGACCCCUCUGUUCGGAGGACCAUCGUGCUCCAUCGCGGGACCAUCCGCAGCCUGGGCCUGUUUCUGGAGGAGCUCUCUGAGUUCAUGCAGUACCACGUCAGGAAGCUGUGCACUCUGGAGGGACGCAAGAUCGACAGUGUUCAGAGUCUCUUGCAGUGCCCCAGUGUGUUGAUUUGUGUGGGCCGUGAGCCCUCUCACCCCAUCCUUCCGGAGAACUUCUGGAAAAACUUGGACGCCAAGCUUCCACGACUGAGUCCAAAGUCUCUGGGACGCUCCAACACAGCCAGUGAAGGACAGGAGUCCAAGAAAACGGGCAGCUUAGGACUUGAGACAAAGAAAAGUGUCAUCCACCAAAGAUCUGAAUCCAGCAACCGGUCAGCCAGGCACUCCAUAUCAUCUGACAAAUCACUCCCACCAAUCAACUCUACGUCCCCUGCCCAUGUUGGCCCCUGCCCUCAUUCAAGUGAAGGCUUGAUGGAGGAUGACAUCGAGAAAAGGGUGCUAGUCAACAAAGAUGGCAGCUUGUCAAUGGAAAUGAAAGUGCGUUUCCGACUACUGAACGACGAGACCCUGCAUUGGUCCACACAAAUAAAGAAGUCGGUAGGAACGACCAACGAAUACCUCCAAGGAUACCACGACAACAGCUCUCUUCAGCAAAGUAGUGUGGAGAGCCGUUCAGAGCCGGAGUCCCUUUCACCAGGCGAGGCUGACGAUGCCUACGUCACAAAGCUCUAUCAGAAGCAUCUGGAGGACCCUCACUGUCAGCACUGCUGCGGCCACUGCCAGGAGUACGAGAUCUGGAAGAGCCAUAUUUCCGGCGGGCAGGGGACUGUCUACCAAGUCACCUCCUCCAGCUCCAGUGCUUCCUCACGCACCAUUGUCCGUAAAAAGGGAUCGGUGGAGACCAUGUCCAGUGAGGAGAUCACCGAGCACGUGGUGGAGAAGCGCUUUCAACAGACUGUGGAGGAAGCGGGGGGCGACACCACUGUGGACUACUGCACCAUCAGCCGCGGCUGCAGCAGGAGCGAGACGCGCUUGACGACGACGUCCGCCAAGAGUGAGAGUAGGGUGUCCACCGAGGAGAAGAGCGAGAUCCUUGGCAAGAGCGAGAGCGUUGACAUUACAAGCCAGGCAUCGGAUAACGACGAGGCUACCGCUGAUAGUUCUUCCUCUGCUCCCUCCAAGGAGUCUCGGAGCGAGGUUAGCGUCAAGAUCACUGAUGCAGAGGAAGAGGAGCGGCCUUUGUCUGCUGUUAGUCUUUCCUCUCAGAUUCUGGCAUCGCUCAGGGAAGACCAGGAUGAUGAGGACGACGACCUUCCACCAAGUGCUUCGAGAGCGUGUGUAUGUUCUCAGUAUAGUAAUGCUGAAGAGGAGGAGGAUCCCACCAGAAGGGAGGAGGAGCCCAGCAGAAGUGCUGUUUUGAACACAGCAGCAACACCAAUGCAACAUGUAUCUCCCAGGCCUCCUAGUAGUAAGAAGGCAUCUUAUGUGCACUCUAAGUCAGUCAAGGCUGAGUCUCCGGCACCAGCAGAUGGACAAGAUGACCAAGAAUCAAACGAGUGUAAAUGUGAAGCAUCUGACGAAGCAGGAGAUGCAACGGAUGCUGAUGACGAAAGUGCUGAGACUGCAGUAGAAAAGGAAGCGGGUCAAGAAGGGAUCCCUUCAGAGGACACUGAAACCGAAGACCCAGAAACAAAGGAGAGGGCAAUGAGCUCGCUGUCUGUCAAAUCAAAUGUCUCUACCAGAUCCAAGAGGCCCAAAGUUGGGGAUUCAGGAGUUCAGGAGGAAAAGGGAGAGUGGUCAUCAAGUCCUAUGUCAGUCAAAUCCAAUGCCUCAGCAAAGUCAAGGAAGUCCAAUGUUUCAGAUGUAGAAUAUGUAGAAGUACAGGAACAUCAAACAGACAAAAGAUCCUCAAGUGCCAUGUCAGUUCAAUCAAAUGCCUCAACAAGAUCUAAGUCUAAAAUGUCAGAAGUGGCAGCUGAAGAAAACAUUACACCAGAAGAAGACGCAAAAACAGCAUCAAGUGCUUUGUCAGUUAAAUCGAAUGCCUCAAGGAAGUCUAAAGUUUCUGAUGUUCCUUCUGAAGACAACGCUGAAGACGAAUUGGAUGAAGCGGAGGAGAGAGCAGCUAGUGCUAUGUCUGCUAUGUCCAACGUGUCUACCAGAUCAAAGAAGUCCAAGGUUUCCAAACUUUAUGUUGAAGAAACCAAGAGAGUAUCCAGCACUAUGUCUGCUAAAUACAAUAUGUCAGCAAGAAAUACGAUGCUUCUGAUGAAAUACGAUGUUUCUGAUAAUCCCGCUGCAGACGUUCCUGCUGAAGAAAAUGCAGGAGACGAAGCAGGGGAAACUAAAGAGAGAGCACCCAGUGCUAUGUCUGCUAAGUCUGCUAAGUCUAAUGUUUCUGCAAAAUCAAAGAAGUGCAAGGUUUCUGAACUCUGUCCAGAAGAAGAACUUAGAGCAGCCAGUGCCUUGUCUGGUAAGUCCGCCGUUUCGGCAAGAUGCAAGAAAUCCAUAGUUGUUCCUGCUGAAGAAAAUGCAGAAGUAGAACAAACUGAAGAGAGAGCAUCCAGUGCUAUGUCUAUUAAAUCUAAUGCCUCAGCAAGAUCAAGAAAGUCUACAGCAGAAGAUGAUGUUGGGGAAACUGAGGUGAGAUCACCGAGCGCUAUGUCUGCUAAGGCAGAUGUUCCUGCUGAAGAAAAUGCUGAACCUGAGGUUGAAGUGGAGGAGAGAGCACCGAGCGCUAUGUCAGUUAAGUCCAAUGUUUCUACCAGAUCAAAGAAGACCAAGGUUUCUCAACUUUGUGUUGGAGAAGAUAUUGAGAGAACAUCCAGCGCUAUGUCUUCUAAGUACAACCGGUCAUCAAGAUACAAGAAAUACUAUGUUUCUGAUGGAGAAGAGGAUCAAUCUGAAGAGAGACCAUAUAGUGCUAUGUCUGCUAAGUCCAAUGUUUCCAAUGCUCAAGACAACGCAGAAGUGGAAGAAUCUGAGAGAGCAGCUAGUGCUAUGUCGGAAGCUACUGCUGAAGAAAAUGCAGAAGAGGAGGUAGAACAAACAGAAGAAAACAUCCUGGAGGAAGCAGAGGAAACAGAGGAAACAGAGGAAGCAGAGGAAGCAGAGGAAGCAGAGGAAGCAGAGGAAACAGAGGAAGCAGAGGAAACAGAGGAAGCAGAGGAAACAGAGGAUCGUGCUCCCAGUGCUGUGUCAGUUAAAUCCAAAGCUUCAGAAGUUCCUCCUGAGGAAAAUGAAGACGAGGAAUUGGAAGAAAUUAAAGAAAGAGCACCUAGUGCCAUGUCUGCUAAGUCAGCUAAGUCUAAUAUUUCUGCAAAAUCAAAGAAGUGCAAGGUUUCUGAACUCUGUCCAGAAGAAGAACUUAGAGCAGCCAGUGCCUUGUCUGGUAAGUCCGCCGUUUCGGCAAGAUGCAAGAAAUCCAUAGUUGUUCCUGCUGAAGAAAAUGCAGAAGUAGAACAAACUGAAGAGAGAGCAUCCAGUGCUAUGUCUAUUAAAUCUAAUGCCUCAGCAAGAUCAAGAAAGUCUACAGCAGAAGAUGAUGUUGGGGAAACUGAGGAGAGAUCACCGAGCGCUAUGUCAGCUAAGUCUAAUGUUUCGGCAAGAUCUAAGAAAUCCAAUGUUUCUGAAGCUCCAGCUGACGAAAAUGCAGAACAGGAAGGAGAAACUGGGGAGAGAGCACCAAGCGCUAUGUCUGCUAAGGCAGAUGUUCCUGCUGAAGAAAAUGCUGAACCUGAGGUUGAAGUGGAGGAGAGAGCACCGAGCGCUAUGUCUGCUAAGUCCAAUGUUUCUACCAGAUCAAAGAAGACCAAGGUUUCUCAACUUUGUGUUGGAGAAGAUAUUGAGAGAACAUCCAGCGCAAUGUCUUCUAAGUACAACCGGUCAUCAAGAUACAAGAAAUACUAUGUUUCUGAUGGAGAAGAGGAUCAAUCUGAAGAGAGACCAUAUAGUGCUAUGUCUGCUAAGUCCAAUGUUUCCAAUGCUCAAGACAAUGCAGAAGUGGAAGAACCUGAGAGAGCAGCUAGUGCUAUGUCAGAAGCUACUGCUGAAGAAAAUGCAGAAGAGGAGGUAGAACAAACAGAAGAAAAAGUCCCGGAGGAAGCAGAGGAAACAGAGAAAACAGAGGAAGCAGAGGAAGCAGAGGAAACAGAGGAUCGUGCUUCCAGUGCUGUGUCAGUUAAAUCCAAAGCUUCAGAAGUUCCUCCUGAGGAAAAUGAAGACGAGGAAUUGGAAGAAAUUAAAGAAAGAGCACCUAGUGCCAUGUCUGCUAAGUCUGCUAAGUCUAAUAUUUCUGCAAAAUCAAAGAAGUGCAAGGUUUCUGAACUCUGUCCAGAAGAAGAACUUAGAGCAGCCAGUGCCUUGUCUGGUAAGUCCGCCGUUUCGGCAAGAUGCAAGAAAUCGAUAGUUGUUCCUGCUGAAGAAAAUGCAGAAGUAGAACAAACUGAAGAGAGAGCAUCCAGUGCUAUGUCUAUUAAAUCUAAUGCCUCAGCAAGAUCAAGAAAGUCUACAGCAGAAGAUGAUGUUGGGGAAACUGAGGAGAGAUCACCGAGCGCUAUGUCAGCUAAGUCUAAUGUUUCGGCAAGAUCUAAGAAAUCCAAUGUUUCUGAAGCUCCAGCUGACGAAAAUGCAGAACAGGAAGAAGAAACUGGGGAGAGAGCACCAAGCGCUAUGUCAGUUAAGUCCAAUGUUUCUACCAGAUCAAAGAAGACCAAGGUUUCUCAACUUUGUGUUGGAGAAGAUAUUGAGAGAACAUCCAGUGCAAUGUCUUCUAAGUACAACCGGUCAUCAAGAUACAAGAAAUACUAUGUUUCUGAUGGAGAAGAGGAUCAAUCUGAAGAGAGACCAUAUAGUUCUAUGUCUGCUAAGUCCAAUGUUUCCAAUGCUCAAGACAAUGCAGAAGUGGAAGAACAUGAGAGAGCAGCUAGUGCUAUGUCAGAAGCUACUGCUGAAGAAAAUGCAGAAGAGGAGGUAGAACAAACAGAAGAAAACGUCCCGGAGGAAGCAGAGGAAACAGAGGAAACAGAGGAAGCAGAGGAAACAGAGAAAACAGAGGAAGCAGAGGAAGCAGAGGAAACAGAGGAUCGUGCUUCCAGUGCUGUGUCAGUUAAAUCCAAAGCUUCAGAAGUUCCUCCUGAGGAAAAUGAAGACGAGGAAUUGGAAGAAAUUAAAGAAAGAGCACCUAGUGCCAUGUCUGCUAAGUCAGCUAAGACUAAUGUUUCUGCAAGAUCAAAGUCCAAGGUUUCUGAACUUUGUCUUGAAGAACCCAAUAGAGCAUCCAGUGCUACGUCUGCUAAAUCUAAUGUUUCUGAACUCUGUCUUGAAGAACCCGAGAGAGCAUCCAGUGCUAUGUCUGCUAAGUCUGCUAAGUACAAUAUGUCAGCAAGACACAAGAAAUACGACUUUUCAGAUGAUCCUGCUGCAGAGGAGGAGAGAGCAGCUAGUGCUAUGUCAGCUAAGUCAGCCAAGUCAAAUGCUUCAGCAAGAUCGACAAAAUCUAAAGCUUCUGGAGUUCCAGCUGAGGAAAAUGCAGAAGACAAAGUAGAAGAAACUGAGAGAGCACCUAGUGCCAUGUCAGCUAAGUCCAAUGUCUCUACAAGAUCCAGGAGGUCAAAAGCUUCUGAAUUUCCUGCUGAAGAAAACAUAGAAGAUGAGGUAGAAGGAACUGAUGUUCCUGCUGAGGAAACAGCAGAAGACGCAGCAGAGGAAAACGCAGAAGCAGAUGAAACAGAGGAACAUGCUCCCAGUGCUAUGUCAGCUAAGUGUAAUGUUUCUGAUAUUCCUGCUGAAGACAAUGCAGAAGACACAGUAGAGGAAACUGAAGAGAGAGCGCCUAGCGCCAUGUCAGCUAUGUCAUCUAAGUCCAAUGUGUCUUCAAGAUUGAAGAAAACCAAGGUUUCACAACUUUGUGUUGAAGAAGACGCUCAGAGAUCAUCCAGCGCCAUGUCUGCUAAGUACAAUCGGUCAUCAAGAUACAAGAAAUAUGACUUUUCAGAUGAAAAAGAGGAUGAAACUGAAGAGAGAGCAGCUAUGUCCAAUAUUUCUGAUGAUCCUGCUGAAGACAACGCAGAAGAUGAAGUUGGGGAAACUGAGGAGAGAGCACUAAGUGCUAUGUCUGCUAAGUCAAACGCUUCAGCAAGAUCUAUGAAAUCUAAAGCUGCCGAGGAAGAAACUGAAGAGGGAGCUGAGAAAAACGCAGAAGUGAAGGUAGAAGAAACUGAUGUUCUGGCUGAUGAAAAUGCAGAAGGGGAGGACCGAGCUCCCAGCGCUAUGUCUGCUAAGUCCAAUGUUUCAGCAAGAUUCAAGAAAUCCAAUGUUUCUGCAAGAUCAGCGAAGUCUAAAACUUCUGAAGUUCCUCCUGAGGAAAACGGAGACGAGGAAUUUGAAGAAAUUGAAGAGAAACCCGAGAGAGCAUCCAGUGCUAUGUCUGCUAAGUCUGCUAAGUACAAUAUGUCAGCAAGACACAAGAAAUACGACUUUUCAGAUGAUCCUGCUGCAGAGGAGGAGAGAGCAGCUAGUGCUAUGUCAGCUAAGUCAGCCAAGUCAAAUGCUUCAGCAAGAUCGACAAAAUCUAAAGCUUCUGGAGUUCCAGCUGAGGAAAAUGCAAAAGAGAUAGAAGAAACUGAGAGAGCACCUAGUGCCAUGUCAGCUAUGUCUGAAGUUCCUGCUGAACCUGAGGAUGAAACUCCAGCUCCAGCUGACGAUAACGCGGAAGAGGAAGUGGAGGUAGCUGAGGAGAGAGCACCCAGUGCUAUGUCAGCUAAGUCAGCUAAGUCCAAUGUCUCUGCAAGAUCCAAGAAAUCUAAAGCUUCAGAAAUUCCUGCUGAAGAAAAUGCAGAAGAGGAUGUAGAGGAAAUUGCUGAGCCAGAGGACGAAACAGAGGAUCGAGCUCCCAGCGCUAUGUCUGCAAAGUCCAAUGUUUCAGCAAGAUCCAAAAAUGUUUCUGCAAGAUCGGCGAAGUCUAAAUCUUCUGACAUUUUUCCUAUGGAAAAUGGAGACGAGGAAUUGGAAGAAAUUAAAGAAAGAGCACCUAGUGCCGUAGCUGCUAAGUCUGCUAAGUCUAAUGUUUCUGCAAGAUCAAAGAAGUCCAAGGUUUCUGAACUUUGUCUUGAAGAACCCGAGAGAGCAUCCAGUGCUAUGUCUGCUAAGUCUGCUAAGUCUAAUGUUUCUGAACUCUGUCUUGGAGAACCUGAGAGAGCAUCCAGUGCUAUGUCUGCUAAGUCUGCUAAGUACAAUGUUUCUGAACUCUGUCUUGAAGAACCCGAGAGAGCAUCCAGUGCCAUGUCUGCUAAGUCAGCUAAGUCUAAUGUUUCUGCAAGAUCAAAGAAGUCCAAGGUUUCUGAACUUUGUCUUGAAGAACCCGAGAGAGCAUCCAGUGCCAUGUCUGCUAAGUCAGCUAAGUCUAAUGUUUCUGCAAGAUCAAAGAAGUCCAAGGUUUCUGAACUUUGUCUUGAAGAACCCGAGAGAGCAUCCAGUGCUAUGUCUGCUAAGUCUGCUAAGUCUAAUGUUUCUGAACUCUGUCUUGAAGAACCCGAGAGAGCAUCCAGUGCUAUGUCUGCUAAGUCUGCUAAGUACAAUAUGUCAGCAAGACACAAGAAAUACGACUUUUCAGAUGAUCCUGCUGCAGAGGAGGAGAGAGCAGCUAGUGCUAUGUCAGCUAAGUCAAAUGUUUCAGCAAGAUCGACAAAAUCUAAAGCUUCUGGAGUUCCUCCUGAAGUGGAAGUGGAAGUGGAGGCUUCAGAAGUUCCUGCUGAAGAAACCAUUGAAUAUGAAGUAGGGGAAACUGAAGCGAGAGCACCGAGCGCUAUGUCAGCUAAGUCAGCUAAGUCUAAUAUCUCUGCAAGAUCCAGGAAGUCCAGAGUGUCUGAAGUCCCUGCUGAAAAAGAGGAUCAAACUGAGAGAGCAGCUAGCGCUAUAUCUGCUAAGUCCGAAGUUCCUGCUGACGAAACUGAGAAUGAAACAGAAGAGAGAGCACCCAGUGCUAUGUCAGCUAAGUCCAAUGUCUCUGCAAGAUCAGGGAAAUCCAAAGCUUCUGAAGUUACUGCUGACGAAAAGGCUGCAGAGCAGGUAGAGGAAAAUGUGGAAAAAGCAACAAGUGCUGUGUCGGCAAGAUCAGCCGGAACCCACGCAUCUGCCAGGACCCAAGCAUCAGCCAGGACCCACGGAUCAGACAGAACCCACACAUCAGACAGGAUCCACGCAUCAGAGAGGAUCCACACAUCAGACAGGACCCACAUAUCAGACAGGACCCACAUAUUAGACAGGACCCACGUAUCAGACAGAACCCACGCAUCAGACAGGACCCAUGCAUCAGAGAAUAGCAGAACUGCUGAAGUGACUGAGAGACCUAAAAGCAACAUGUCCAAUGUGUCGUCCCACCUGCAAGUGAAAGGACAAAAGGACAAAAACAAUACGGAUGAUGCCAAAAGUGACAAAGGGAGUGAUAUUUCAAUUAAGACAAACAGAUCAAAGAAGACUGCCACUAGAGAUCAUGUAGACACUCCCAGACCUAACUCUGUUGCGUCAGAGAGUCAUCUCACUCCUACUCCACCACACUGCCCACCAACCCCUAGACAAAUUAAACAACCUGUUAUUCUACUUGGUGUCUCGAGUGACAGUAACAAGUUACACGCAGCAGAUCCAGUGAAGGAGAACUCUGACAUCUUAUGCGAUGGCCCCUUAGAAGCGACAGGCAGGAAUGUCAGUGACAACAAAAGUGGCAAGAGCAGCAAGCGCAAACACAGGAAAGGGGUUUCCUCUUGCAGUUCCUCCCUACGGUUGCUGGAAGGAGAUGUCUCUGAGCUGGUUCCCUCCAAUCUACCCAACGCCUCUCCAACAGAUGUUGUGAGUGAGUGGCUUAAGAAAAUACCAUCCGACAGUGCGAUGUACGACAUUGGGGAUGAAUUCAGUGACAGAGGCCAUUCACCGGAGAUGGCACCAAAGGAAAAACCGAAUGGGACAGAGGAGAUUGACAUCACUGCUGAGUGUGAGACUCAAAAAGAAAAGGAAGAGCCCAAAGAGACAGCAGCCAACCAUGUGGCUGACGGUGAGGAGCCAGCGGAGACUCCACCAGAGACCCCACCAGAGGGCACCGCUCCACAGGAGGACUUAUCAAAGAGCUUUCACUCCUCAGUGCAGGUGAUGAAAGUGCUGUUGAGUCCCAAGCUUGACCGGUGUCACAGCUUACCGGAAGUUUCCCCAGUGUACGGACGUAAACUGAGCACCUCAGCCAGAGGUCUCCUGGAUUGCCUCGCAAAGCUGCAGUUGAUAGACUUUGAUCCCAAUGACGAUGCAAACGCUAAGGAAGCAAGGUACAGAGAGCUAAUGAACAUCCUUCAGUCCCUCUGGUUGUGUGACCCUGCAGAGAAUCAAAAGACACAGCAGAAUGGCUGUGAUCAACACUCUGUGGACGGUGAUACCAAAGCAAAGUCCUCCUCUGGGGUGGACGUCAGCAGUGGCUCAACAGGCUCAGGUAAGAGCUCAGGUGGUGUGGCUCAGGCACCGAACGCAGAGGGGGAAGCAUUGCUGAAGGUACAAGAAGUUGAUGAAACUGCAGAGGAACAGGAAAGCCCAGAGUCCUCAAUCCCAUUGUCUGAUCCAGCCACUCUGGACGUAGCCAGUCAGGUCCAAUGGACCACAGAGGAAGGAGGAGGAGAAGGAGGAGGAGGAACAGCAGUGGAGGAAGAGAAACAAAAAGAUGAAGACAUCCCGGCGUCUGAUGACACCGUUAGAAAUGAAAGUCUGAGAGAAUUACCAGAAACACCCCCGUCUUCCAACAAGAGCUCAGACCCUCGAGAGGACACAAGCUCUGGCUCUCCUCCGUCUGUCCAAAGGGCACAACUAGCCAAAAAGGUUUCCCUAGAUCCUGAUCCUGUCUGGGUCUUGAAGUUACUGAACAAACUAGAGAAGCAGUUCAUGACACAUUAUGUGGAUGCCAUGGCUGAGUUCAAGGUUCGCUGGAACUUGGACGAAAGCAAACAGCUCGAUGCCAUGAUAGCCGAACUGAAAGACGAUGUGCAUAGGAGGAUACAAUUAAGCGUCGACAGGGAACUGAGGAAGAUCCACGGUCGGGCUGGAAGACCAAGACCACCCAAAGAAGAAUUGUCACGAGAAUCAAGUGCACAAACAGAGACGAGGCGAAGAAGACUGAAGGUCGUGCGCAACCAGUCUAUUGAUUACCGAGAGGAGAAAAGCGACGAUAUACAAGAAGAAGUCAAUGUUACAGAUGAGACUGGAGGCAUGGAUGAAGCCAAAGCAGCGGAAACUCUUGUUGAAAACGUUAUCAACAGGGCUAAGAAGGAGGUGGAGGCAUCACAAGAACAGAAAGAUGCUGAACAGGAUGAUGAAAUGGGUGAUAAAGCUGAGGCAGCAGUAGAAGAGACAGCUAAAGAUGAAGCAGGAGAAGAAGAGGAAGCUGAUAUUGCUGAAGAUGAAGUAGCAGAAGAAGAAACUGUUGACGCAGAAACUCCAGAAGAUGAAGCAGGAGAAGAGGAGGAGGAAGCUAAAGCAGAAACAGCAGAAGCUGAGAAAGCAGAAGAUGAAGCAGGAGAAGAAGAAACUGCUGAAGCAGAGACAGCAGCUGAUGACGAAACAGCAGGAGAAGAGGAAACUGCUGAAGUAGAGACAGCUGACGAAGAAGCAGAAGAUGCAGCAGAAGAAGAAACUGUUAUAGCAGCAGGAUCAACAGCAGAAGAAGCGGAGAGCACUGAAGCAGAGGCAGCUGAUGAUGAAAUGGCAGGAGAGGAGGAAGCUGAAGCUGAAACUGCAGAGGCAGAGACUGCUGAGGAUGAAGCAGGAGAAGACAAGGAAGCUGAAGUAGAUGGAGAAGAUGACACUGUCGAAGCUGAGAGUGCCAAAGUAGAGUCAACUGAAGAUGAAACUGCCGGAGAAGAUGAGACUGUUGGAGAGGAGAAGAGUGCUGAGGCAGAGACAGCAGAAGAGGAGGAAGCUGAAACUGAGGCAGUUGAAGAGGAAACUGCAGGAGAGGAGGAAGCUGAAGAUGAGUUAGCAGAAGAUGAAGCAGUAGAGGAUGAUGCUGAAGCUGAAACUGCUGACAAUGAAACAGCAGGAAGAGAGACUGCUGAAGAAGAGGCAGCUGAAGAGGAAGAUGAGAAAGCCGAAGCUGAGACAGCAGAGACAGAAACCGCUGAUGAGACAGCAGGUGAAAAGGAUGCUAAAGGUGAAACAGCUGGAGACGAAACUGCCGGAGAAGAGGAGGCUGCAGAAUCUGAGACAGCAGCAGAAGAAGAGACAGCUCAAGAUGAAACUGCAGGAGAGGAGGAGACUGCAGAAGAAGAGAUAGCUGAAGAAGAGGGUACAACUGAAGUAGAGGCAGCUGACGAGGAAACUGCAGAAGCUGAAACAGUUGAAAAUGGAACAGGCAUUGAAGAAGACGAGGAGACUGCUGAAGCAGAGAUAGCUGAAUAUGAAAUAGCUGAAGCUGAGGCAGCAGAAGAAAAUACUGCUGAAAUAGAGGCAGAUGAAGAUGAAGCUGCCUUAGAGCAAGAGACAGCGGAGGCAGAGGCAGAAGAGGAGGCUGAAGCUGAGACUGCAGACGAUGAGACUGCUGGAGAAGAUGAAACCACAGGGGAUGAGUCAGCAGAAAAUGAAACAACUGGCGAGGAGUCGGCUGAAGUUGAAACAACCGGUGAUGAGUCGGCACCAGCUGAAACUGCAGGAGAAGAGACAGCACAAGCUGAAACUGCAGCUGACGACGAAACAGCUGACGACGAAACAGCAGACGAAGAAGAGACUGCCGAAGCAGAGGCAGCUGAAGCAGCAGGAAAUGGAGCUGAAGAGGAUGUAGAAAAAGUGGAAGCUGAAAAAGAAGAGAAAAUAGAGCCAGUAGUCAAGGAGACGGAGGGUCACGAUGACAUGUCGGAGAUAAAAGCAGACGAUGAGGCGAAGGAGGGCGAAACGACAGACCAAGAUAUGGUUCAGGAGGAGGAAGAAACAGAACAAGAAGAGGAGGCAGAAGAAGCAGAGAGUGAGGAUCUUGCAAACGGAAGCCAAGACCAAGCCGAAGAUGUCAUAGAGGGGUUUGAAAAGGAAGAAAUAGAAGCGGAAAUGACGGCAAGAAACGAGACAGCCAAUGAAGAGGAUUGCUGCGGAAACUUUGGGCACUCGGUCGACGGAGGGGAUGAGGAUUUGUCUGAGCUGGAAGUGUCGGCAGAUGAGGGGGAACAAUCAGAAGUGCCAGCCGUCAGGAAAGACAACAUGGAGGAAACUGUUGAGGAAACUCCAGUGACCUCAUUCGAUGCCUUGACCAGAGCAGAGUUCUCUGAAGAUGGUGCCAACGCCGACGUUGAGGAUUCAGAGGCUGAUGUAAACGACCAAGAGUCAGAGGCCCAAGAGGACAAAGCAGAGGCUGAGCUUCAGGUUGAGGAGGAGGCGGAGGAGGAAGCUGAAGAGGAGCAGGAAGCUGAGGAAACCCCAGUUGAAGAGACUCCAGUUGAGGAGCUGAAUGAGGAAGGGGAGGAGGAGCAGGAGGAAGUGGAAAAGAAGGAUGCAGCAGAAGACGACGCUGCUGCUGCUGCUGAGGAAGACCAGGAGGAAGCUGAAGAGGAAGUUGAGGAGGAGCAGGGGAAGGAGGAAGAUGAGGAGGAUACAGCUGAAAACUAUGCUGCUCCUGAGGAAGAACCAGCCAAUGAGGCUGAUGAUGUCACAAUCAAAGGACAGUCUGAAGACAACAGUGAUGGCGAUGGACCUUCUGGGACAUCUGAAACGAGCCUACAUAGCCAGCCAACCAAAUCUUCCAUGGAAUCCCAACCAGGCUCGCUGGACGAAAUCCUGGAUGAAGAGGCAGAGAGAGAGUCCAACAGCGAGAAGAGUUCACAGACAGGGUCAGGGAUAAGCUCGGGCCACCACCUCUUGGUGAAGAGAAAGCAGAUGGACACAGAGGACGAGAGCAGAGUGUCAGAAGUCACAGAGUCAGCCAGCGAGGUUCUCGAGCGACAAGUAAGUUCCCCAAAGAAGAAGACUCCAAAGAAGUCUCUGGCAAGAUCUGUCAAGUCAAGCAAGGCCAAGGAUAUUGAUCAAGACGAUCUUGAUUUCUAA